AUGGCCAAGUCCCGCAUCUCGAGAAUAGACAGCGACUCGUUCGACCCAGCAAUCGGUUGGGAAACGAUCGACUUUCCCGACGCAACAGCCUACUCCUCCACCCACCCUUCAUCCCCGGGUUCACCCUACGCGCCCUUGGGUUCUCAACACGGAUAUUAUGGUAGUGGCGGGUAUGGGCAUAGGCACAGUCCCUCCCAAACGGAGGAAUUUUCCCGAACCCGCCAUGGCGAACCGGUCUUCUCCUCACCGGAGAUAUCCCCACAGAUGCGCCCGGUUCCCGAAGACGGGGUGCCGGAAUCUCUGCGUAUAGCGUCCCCGCUAUCACCCAUGUUCCCACGCGGCGGCAACCCGCCGCUAAAUCCGCCGUACGCCGCAGCGUCCGCCCAAACAUAUGGUUUCCAGACAAACUCGCAUAAGCGACGGAGCACCAUUGAGAAUUCGGUCCCGCAGCUGCCCCCGCCGACUGCUGGCGGCUAUAGUAGGAAUAAUAGUAAUAACAGGAAUUCGGUUGCAUACGAUAUUCCCGCUCCACCACCGCCCCCUACGGUCCCGAUGGACUUUGACGACACGGAUUACGAGCGCGUGAGACUUACCGAGCAUAAUCGGAUCUCGUAUGAGGGGGGUGGUGGGGGUGGCGGGCAGUUUAUUUCCGGUGGGUGGGGUGGGCCGGAUCGGCGGCCAAGUAUGGCCAAGCGAUUGGGCGAUAAGAUCUUAGGCACGGUGAAAGGGCGGGGAUCGAGGUUGAGCGCUAGAAGUUAUUUAGGGCCUAUCAGGGAUCGGGGAGGGGGUUUCGGGGAUGGAAUAGGCGAGGGGGACUAUACAAAGGUUGAUGAAAGGGACGAUGAAGAGCCUGUCGGCUAUGAUAUUAGCAGUUUUGGCGCGGACUUCAUUCCCGCUCCGGCGGCUAAGGCCAUGGAGGAUUACAAGAUGGAUGCAGAUUAUGCUUAUACUGGUGAGUUUUGGUGGCCAAUCGCCAGAGCACCCGCCACUGAGCGUGGCGAGAGGGCGUGUGGGGCUAAUUGCGGCGCAGGUACCGGUGAAGUGAUAGAUUUGUCGUCUUUCGGGGGUGGGGGGGACAGUAAUGAGCGAAGGGAUUGUACGUUUUGCCAGAGUCUCCGAGUCAGCAGUGGGUUGGAGCUAAUUUUUAUAACAGCGGAUGCAUUCUCCCUCCAUCGAGCGGGGACAAUGGAAAACAGCGACAAGCAAUCAUACUACUUCCCUCCAAGUAAACCCCCCCCCCAGUAAAAAAACAAAAAAACAGAAUGAAUUAACCCCGCUAACCUGACCAAAUAAGACCGUGUAAUUCCUAAUUGGAAACCGGUAUCCAUGCGCCCCUGGUUCAUAGCCUGCCUCCUCCUCUGCUCCCUCGGACUAAUAGGCGGCGUGGAAACCCUCUACCAAUUCUCCGACAAGGGCCUAAUCCGUAAAGGCGGAUCAAAAGGAAUAAUAUCCUUUAAGCGCGUAGACAAAGACUUGUCAAUGGUAAGCUUCGCAAUGUGGAAGUACCUCCCGGUACUAAUAGCCGUAAUAUACGGUAUCCUCUGGAAAAUUACGGAUACGGAAGUGAAGCGUACAGAGCCGUAUUACCAACUCAGCAGGGGAGUCAAGGGAGCCCUCGCGGCAAGCACCUUAAACAUCGAAUACCAAACCUUUUGGAGUCUACUCGUUCCCAUUGCCGCGAUACAGCAUCGGCAAUGGCUCGUUGUGGCUUCAUCCGUGGCAUCACUCCUAGCGUUCGCCCUGGUCCCCGUGCUGCUGUCCGUAUUCAUCGAGAUUUCCCCGUCCCAGCGCUCGCGCAAGAAGAUGAUGUUCCCGGGCACAAACAUCAGAAUGCCCGACGCAGAUAUAGAAAAGACGAUUGUCGUUGAUAAAUUCUUUUCCCGAAUCCUCGAAGCCACCGUGGCAAUAAUCUUCCUUCUAGGAGCGGGGAUGGUAGUCGUUUUGUCCCGCCGCCGUUCCGGCCUGCUAGGAGACCCCAGCGGGAUUGCGGGGGUCGCUGCGAUGGCAAACAAGUCCCACAUUCUAAUGGACUUCAAAGACCUAGACUCCGCCUCCGAGGAGACGAUCCACAAGCAACUCAACAAGCGAACAUACAUCCUGCACAAGGGUGCCCUCUGGCAAGCCCAAUUGCUCAAGGAAAACGAGCGUGAUGUGAACGCACCCAAGGCAAUGAACCCGCACCCGCUCAUCCUCCGCCUGAAGGGAGGCCUCCCGUUCAUCGCCUUCCUUCUCAUACUCUGUGGAAUCCUGCCACCGUUAGCUUACGGCCCGCUCGGUGUAGUGGUGGACCAAACCCCCUGGGCCCUAACCUUCUUAGCCGUGCUGAUAAAGUCCAUCUGGGAAAUCGUGGAGAAGGACAUGCGCAUGCUGGAGCCCUUCUGGGUCCUAUUCAACCGGCACGCACCGAGCAGCGUCUUAACGCUGGACUACUCUGCCACGAUCCCUGGAUAUCUGGUGCUCAAGGCCGCUAGUAAGGGGCAUUUCCUCCUAGCAUGGGUGGGCUUCGUAUCCCUUCUCGUGGAAGUUCUCACCGUGGUGAUGGGCUCCCUAGACAGCACCGGCGGCGAGGAGUCUGACCUGAGCUUCACUGUGUCUUUCGUCCUGGGUGUUAUAAUUCUUUGCGUGACAAUCUUGACAAUGGGCCUCGUACUGCACCUUCGCCGGGCCCCGUUCCUCCCCCGCCAGCCCGGGACCAUAUCAUCUGUGCUGGCGUUCAUACACCAGAGUAAGAUGUUGGUGGACUUUGAGGGUACAGAGGAGCAGAGCACUGCUAUGCGGAAGAAGAAACUUAGAAGGCUAGGACAUACCUAUGGCUUUGGCUGGUUCCGGGGACGCGACGAUAAGUGGCAUCUGGGUAUUGAUCACGAGGAGCUAUUGCAAGGGUAUAAGUUUGGGAAGAGUGCGCUGGACGGGGUGAUUCAGAAUGUGGAUUGGGAGCAUUGUACUGUCUAGUUGGGACGGGAGGGCUUGAAAUGGAGAGGGGUUUGAAUGUGUGUGUGGUGGGGGGGGUAUUUGGCUUUGGCGUUUAUGUUGCCUUUCUUGUCCUAUUCUUCAGAAACAUAUUAUCUCACCCACCAGCCAGUUUGUUAGAUAUUCCUUAUUCUUCUUGUUACUUCUUUCCCCCCUUAACCUGUACUAUCCGAUUUCUUCACUUUACUUUGUCAGUUUUCGCUAUACCUAGUCGGUGGGAACGGCAGGAAGGAAGUAAGGAGUCAAACAAGAUUAUAUC